GUUGAGAGAAUCUAUCGGCUUCGUCAUCCCUAACCUCCCGCAUCCCGGAGGAAUCCGCCGCAAUUCAAGGUCGGAAUCCAUGGCGUCUCACGACCACGACCACGACCACCACCACCACCACAGCCACGACGACGGCGACCACCACCAUUCCCACCACCAGGACGGCAGCCAUGGCGGCGGCGGCGGCUCGUGGGUCGGGGAGGACGGGCGCGUGUGGCACUCGCACGACGGCCUCGCGCCGCACUCCCACGAGCCCAUCUACUCCCCCGGCGACUUCUCCAAGCGCGCGCCGCCGCUCAUCUCGCGGCGCUUCGCGGAACGCGCCUUCACCGUCGGCAUCGGUGGCCCCGUCGGCACUGGGAAAACUGCCCUGAUGCUAGCACUUUGCAGGUCCCUGCGUGAAAAAUAUAGUCUCGCAGCGGUUACAAAUGAUAUAUUCACAAAAGAGGAUGGAGAAUUCUUGAUCAAACAUGGAGCACUGCCUGAAGAGCGCAUCCGUGCAGUCGAAACUGGAGGCUGCCCUCACGCUGCAAUACGUGAGGACAUCAGCAUAAAUCUAGGUCCUCUGGAAGAACUAUCAAACUUGUGCAAAGCUGAUUUACUCCUCUGUGAAUCUGGAGGAGAUAACUUGGCUGCCAACUUCAGCAGGGAACUGGCAGACUACAUAAUCUACAUCAUCGAUGUUUCUGGUGGGGACAAAAUACCAAGAAAAGGUGGCCCUGGGAUAACCCAAGCAGAUCUUUUGAUAAUAAACAAGACAGACCUUGCACCAGCAGUUGGAGCUGACCUGGCUGUAAUGGAACGAGAUGCGCUUCGCAUGCGGGAAGGAGGGCCUUUUGUCUUUGCACAGGUGAAACAUGGAGUCGGCGUGGAGGAAAUUGUGAACCACAUCCUGCAAGCUUGGGAGAUCGCCACCGGCAACAAGCGUCGAUAGCCUGCAGGAUUCUUGGGCACGAGAUGUUGUUGCGCUCGCGCGUGUAAUCAUGUACUACUCCAGUAUUUCUGCUUUCCUGAAUAAACUGCAUCUUUUGGUGGCUCGGUGUUGCUGAAAGAUGCUAGCAUACAAGCCUCCGAGACUUGUCUAGCUGACAGUCGAGUCCAUAAUCUAGUUCUGAAUGACAAAGUGAGAGGUCUAAACUAUACCUCGAAAAAUUGGUCAUGGGAAUGCUAUUGUCAGCUACUAGCAGUAUAUAGGUUCCAAAUGUCGCCAGGGACAUGGUAUUUAGUUCUAUUGACUGUAGCCCAUAUCCUCUGGGCUAUGGUUGGUUGUUUCC